AGCCCCCUAACAAAGAAGACGGUUAUCUCCAUGCUUCGUUCCCUCGUUUCCUCCGCCCCUUUACUUAACCCUCUUUCUGCAACUUAUUUAUAUAACACUCACUUUUCUGCUUCCUUUUCCCUUCAAUUCAUAACACAACACUGAGCAAACGUUGUACCUUUGUUGCAGCCAGACCAUGAUGUCUUUCACUGCAACAAAGUUUGCACCCUCUCCUCUCCCUCUCAAUUCCACCAUUCCCAGAUCCAAUGACAAGCCUCUCUCUUUCUCCUUCGAUCACUUCAAACCCCAUCCUUCCUCUUCCUUCCUUGGAUCCACUCGCACCCUUCUUCGCUUCGGUGCUCUCGCUAGGCCUCAUGCUCGCACUCGCUCUUCUUCCCCUGUUUCCGCUGUUCUUCUCCAGCAAACCUCCAAUCUGCUUGUUACAAAGGAGGAAGGGUUGGAGCUCUAUGAAGACAUGAUAUUAGGGAGGUUCUUUGAAGACAAGUGUGCUGAGAUGUAUUACAGGGGCAAAAUGUUUGGUUUCGUUCACUUGUACAAUGGCCAAGAGGCUGUGUCAACUGGAUUCAUCAAGCUUCUGAAGAAGGAAGAUAGUGUAGUGAGCACCUACAGAGAUCAUGUUCAUGCAUUGAGUAAGGGGGUCCCGUCUCGGCAAGUGAUGAGUGAACUGUUUGGGAAGGCGACGGGAUGUUGCCGAGGUCAGGGCGGUUCAAUGCACAUGUUCUCAAAAGAGCACAACUUGCUUGGUGGGUUUGCCUUCAUUGGUGAAGGAAUUCCAGUGGCCACUGGGGCUGCAUUUACAAACAAGUACAAAAGAGAGGUGUUGAAUCAGGCAGAUGCUGAUCAUGUGACAUUGGCAUUUUUUGGAGAUGGAACUUGUAAUAAUGGGCAGUUCUUUGAAUGCCUGAACAUGGCAGCUCUGUGGAAAUUGCCAAUUGUGUUUGUGGUGGAGAAUAAUUUGUGGGCUAUUGGGAUGUCUCAUCUCAGGGCAACUUCAGAUCCUCAGAUAUAUAAGAAAGGGCCUGCAUUUGGAAUGCCAGGGGUUCAUGUGGACGGAAUGGAUGUUUUGAAGGUCAGAGAGGUGGCAAAGGAGGCAAUUCAGAGGGCUAGAAGGGGAGAGGGACCAACUCUAGUUGAAUGUGAGACCUAUAGAUUCAGAGGACAUUCUUUGGCUGAUCCCGAUGAGCUUCGUGACCCUGCUGAGAAGGAACACUAUGCUGGUAGGGACCCCAUCGCUGCAUUGAAGAAAUACCUUUUUGAGAACAACUUGGCCAAUGAACAAGAAUUGAAGGCCAUAGAGAAGAAAAUCGACGAGGUCCUCGAGGACGCGGUUGAGUUUGCAGAUAAUAGCCCUCUUCCACCCCGCAGUCAGCUUCUGGAGAAUGUGUUUGCUGAUCCAAAAGGCUUUGGAAUUGGACCAGAUGGCAGUUAUAGAUGUGAGGAUCCUAAAUUCACUCAAGGCACGGCUCAUGUCUAAUCUUUUCUUGCUUUGGUCUCAGUUUUGUAUGAUUGUUCUUUUCUUAUGCUUUGUUAGUGAUAAAAUGCUACACAAUGCAAUUACCUUGUCUAAUAUAAACAGGAUUUGUUCUUUAGGUUGGAAAUUUGGUUUUAUGUGUCUUAUAUAUUUAUCAUUGUUUGUGGAAUUAGUGUCAAGAAUGACAAUCUCCAGAGUUAGAUUAUAGUCUCUACCAACGGUGUACAAUAAAAUUUUAGUUGUACCACUUUGUCUUGCUUUGUAUCAAUA